AUGUCAUUCUUUCAUUCUUUCUUUCUUUCUUUCUUUUCUCUCUUCUUACUUUGCUUGUUUCUUUCCAUCGUUUUCAUACUUCAUAUCCUCCUAUAUUUCCAUAUCCUCCUGUUUUUUAACCUUUCUUUCUUUCUUUCUUUCUUUUCUUUCUUUCUUUUUACUUUCAGCAUUCUUUUUCUGACCCUCUUUAUUUUUCUUUAUGCAUUUCUGAUAUUUCUCUUCUUUCUUUCCUUCUUUUUUCUUUCUUUCUUUUUUCUUGCUUUAAUGACAUUUUACCAGACACUAUAUUUCUUCUUUCUUUCUGUCACUCUUUCUACACCUGUCUUGUACAUAUGUUUGCAAUUUCUCGUUCCUUAUUUUCGUGUUUAUUCCUUCACUCCCCAACUCCUCUUCUCUUUCCAUCAUGAAUUCCUUCCCGUUUUUCUAAAAUUUUCUUUCCUUCAUGGUUACAUCAUUCUGUUUGUAUCUAUCUAUCUAUCUAUCUAUCUAUCUAUCUAUCUAUCUAUCUAUCAAAGGCUGUUUAUAUCUAUCUAUCUAUCUAUCUAUCUAUCUAUCUAUCUAUCUAUCUAUCUAUCUAUCAAAGGCUGUUUAUAUCUAUCUAUCUAUCUAUCUAUCUAUCUAUCUAUCUAUCUAUCUAUCUAUCUAUCUAUCUAUCUAUCUAUCACUUUGUCCAGAUCUAUCUAUCUAUCUAUCUAUCUAUCUAUCUAUCUAUCUAUCUAUCUAUCUAUCUAUCUAUCUAAGGCUGUUUAUAUCUAUCUAUCUAUCUAUCUAUCUAUCUAUCUAUCUAUCUAUCUAUCUAUCACUUUGUCCAGAUCUAUCAAAGGCUGUUUAUAUCUAUCUAUCUAUCUAUCUAUCUAUCUAUCUAUCUAUCUAUCUAUCUAUCUAUCUAUCUAUCUAUCUAUCUAUGACUUUGUCCAGAUCUAUCUAUCUAUCUAUCUAUCUAUCUAUUCAUCUAUCUAUCUAUAUAAGGCUGUUUAUAUCUAUCUAUCUUCUAUCUAUCUAUCUAUCUAUCUAUCUAUCUAUCUAUCUAUCUAUCUAUCACUUUGUCCAGAUCUAUCAAAGGCUGUUUAUAUCUAUCUAUCUAUCUAUCAUCUAUCUAUCUAUCUAUCUAUCUAUCUAUCUAUCAAAGGCUGUUUAUAUCUAUCUAUCUAUCUAUCUAUCUAUCUAUCUAUCUAUCAAAGGCUGUUUAUAUCUAUCUAUCUAUCUAUCUAUCUAUCUAUCUAUCCCAUUUUUCAAGAUUUCUGCUUUUCUUAUUUGUUUAUGAAAUUUAUUUCCCUCGCACAAAUAGUUUUCUUUCAUUCUUUCUUUCUUUCUUUCUUUCUUUCUUUCUUUCUUUCAUUCUUUCUUUCUUUCUUUCUUACAAGAUUUCUGCUUUUUUAUUCGUUCACGUGA